AUGGCUCCUGCUGCUGCUCACGCCGCCGAGGGCAUCGUGUCCUCCAUUGAUGUUGAUUCCAUGCCACCGUUUUGGCGACGAAAGAAUGGAAUUCUCUUAUAUUUCCUUCUCACUUCGUCGCUUUUGGCUAGUGCAGCUCUCGGAAUCGAUGGAUCGAUGACGAACGGUAUGCAGGCCUUGGACUCUUGGCAGGAACGCUUUGGACAUCCUGAAGGCGCUACAUUGGGCUUCUUUGGUGCUUCCAAUGCAAUCGGAGGCGUCAUUCCUUUCAUAUUUUUGAGUUGGAUCGGUGAUAAAUUUGGUCGUCGACUGCCUACUGCCCUGGGCUCGGUGAUUAUUAUCACCGGUGUUAUCAUUGAGUUCUUUGCCACUUCUUUGAACAUGUAUAUCGGCGGGAAGAUUAUCCUGGGAGCAGGAUCCUCACUGAUCCAGAUGGGUGCGCCGGUCUUGAUUACAGAACUAUCCCAUCCGAAAGAGCGUGUGCAAGUCACCACCUUUUACAACACUUCCAUCCCCCUGGGAUAUGUCAUUGGAGCCUGGGCCACUUUCGGUUGCUACAGAAUCCCUAGCCAAUGGUCAUGGCGACUGCCCACCUUGGUUCAAAUCAUCCCAUCGGCUUAUCAAUUCUGUUUGAUUUGGUUUUGUCCCGAGUCCCCCCGUUGGUUGAUCGCCAAAGGGCGCCAUGAAGAAGCCAGACAAAUUUUGAUCAAAUACCAUGGUGAAUGUGAUCCAAACUCGGAAUUGGUUCAAGUCGAGUGCGCAGAAAUCCAACAGGCCAUCGAGAAGGAAGCAGAGAACAACUUGACCUGGAAGGACUUUGUGUCUUCUCGAGCCAACCUCAAGCGUCUGUUUCUAUGUUUUGCCACGGCCGUUUUCAGUCAAAGCUCUGGCAACCUUCUGGUCUCGAAUUAUCUCACGCAGAUUCUCAAGGACACGGGCUUGAAGACCCAGUACGAGAUCACCCUUGUGAACGGUAUGGUCACCCUCUGGCAGUACCUUGUCGCUAUUGCCGUCGCAUUGGUUAUUGACAAAUUCCGUCGUCGUUUCUUCUUCCUCACAGGAUCUGGUGGCGUUGUUGUUGUCUUUGUUGUAUGGACCAUCGCGGCUCAACAGUAUCUGGAGCACGACUCACUGGCUGCUGGUCGGGUUGUGAUAGCUUGCAUUUUUAUCUUCCAAGCAUUUUACACUUUCGCUUGGACCAACUUGAUCGUCACCUAUACCUUGGAGAUCGUGACACUUCAGAUGCGUGCCAAGGCAUGGGCGUUCGUUCUUCUGACUAUUCAGGUGGCGUCUGUCUUCGGAAGCUAUGUGAACCCCAUCGGGCUGAAGGCUCUUGGAUGGAAGUUCUACAUUUACUACUGUGUCUGGGUGCUCAUUGUGUACCUCGUGGUAUACUUCUUCUUUGUGGAGACAGCUGGCCCUACUCUCGAAGAGUUGACUUAUAUCUUCGAAGGAGAGGACACCAAACAGAAAUUGGGCGAUGAGAUCGUCGAGAAAAAGCAGCAGAUUCAGCAUGAGGAACACAUGGGAAGUAAAAUAGCAUGA